AUGGUCACCACACCAUCCUCACCAGCAUGGAUGAUGGCAAUGAUCGCGGGUGGAUGGAACAAUUUUUCAUCAUCGCCACCAGGGACAUUAUCCCGGCCACAGCUCUACCUUUUCCUGAGUCGUAGAACUGUUCUCGACUUCCGUAGGGCUCUGUCACCUGCCCCGAGGAGAAAAAUAACUUCAUCAGCUCAAUCGGACGCUCAGUCGGGAGAGCUUCAAAACCCGACUGCAGAUGAGGUCCAAGCACUUUGGGGUGAGAUAGAUAUAGUAGAGGAUGCUGAUUCUCGCUUUCCAACCCCCGUUUCUAUCUAUGUUCUAAAGAGCUCGGACCUCGGGCCUCUUCUGCCUUCGAACACUGAGCAACCAAUAAUCAACACUGCUCCAUCCGCAGCUGCUUCUCAACCUUCACCGCCAACUACUUCAUGCCCUUCAACACCAGUUAUAGCUUCACCACCAGCACCCACUGCAUCUCCUCCACCGGCAACAGGCCGUUCGAGAGAGGGUGCUUCUCCUCCCCGGUCUCCUGACCAUGAGAAUUUGGGGCACAAUUACUCACCCCCUUCACCAGAUCCCCUAGGGAGGAGGAGUGCUACUCUUUCGAUUUCGAAGGAGUGCCAUUUGUUGUCCAAGUUGGCUUCAGAGAAAGAUAGGAAGAAAAUACGCUCCCUUUCGGGGGAGUGCUUGUUGAAUAAUGUUAUGCAUAAUGCGGCAGCGGUACCGUACUUGCUUUCUUAUCACUUGUUUUCUAUUUAUCUGCUGUAA